ACAGCAAAAACAGGAAGUUCACUCUGUAAGCUUCUCCCACCCUUCUCCCCUGAAGCAGGCCAUAAAAGAAUCCUCUGACGUUUCUAUAAAGUAGGUCAUAAGAACCUUCAUUCCAGAAGUACCCUCAAAGACAGAGACACCAAGAAGAAUCGGAACAUACAGGCUUUGGUAAGUUCCCUACAAAUGUUCAUUUCUGGCCAGUAUGUCUUCCUGAAUAUGAAUAAGAAAUAAAAUACCAUUUGAUGUUUGAAAUUAUGGGGGUAAUCUCAAUGACGGAAAUAGAUGACCAGGAAAAGGGAAACGAAUGCCUGAUUCAUUAUAUUCAUGAAGAUGUCAAAGGUUUAUAAAGCCAAUAUCUGGGAAAGAGAAAACCGUGAGACUUCCAGAUCUUCUCUGGUGAAGUGUGUUUCCCGCAACGAUCACCAACAUGAACAUCAAAGGAUCGCCAUGGAAAGGGUCCCUCCUGCUGCUGCUGGUGUCAAACCUGCUCCUGUGCCAGAGCGUGGCCCCCUUGCCCAUCUGUCCCGGCGGGGCUGCCAGAUGCCAGGUGACCCUUCGAGACCUGUUUGACCGCGCAGUCGUCCUGUCCCACUACAUCCAUAACCUCUCCUCAGAAAUGUUCAGCGAAUUUGAUAAACGGUAUACCCAUGGCCGGGGGUUCAUCACCAAGGCCAUCAACAGCUGCCACACUUCUUCCCUUGCCACCCCCGAAGACAAGGAGCAAGCCCAACAGAUCAAUCAAAAAGACUUUCUGAGCCUGAUAGUCAGCAUAUUGCGAUCCUGGAAUGAGCCUCUGUAUCAUCUAGUCACGGAAGUACGUGGUAUGCAAGAAGCCCCAGAGGCUAUCCUAUCCAAAGCCGUAGAGAUUGAGGAGCAAACCAAACGGCUUCUAGAGGGCAUGGAGCUGAUAGUCAGCCAGGUUCAUCCUGAAACCAAAGAAAAUGAGAUCUACCCUGUCUGGUCGGGACUUCCAUCCCUGCAGAUGGAUGAUGAAGAGUCUCGCCUUUCUGCUUAUUAUAACCUGCUCCACUGCCUACGCAGGGAUUCACAUAAAAUCGACAAUUAUCUCAAGCUCCUGAAGUGCCGAAUCAUCCACAACAACAACUGCUAAGCCCACAUCCAUUUCAUCUAUUUCUGAGAAGGUCCUUAAUGAUCCAUUCCAUUGCAAGCUUCUUUUAGUUUUAUCUCUUUUGAAUCCAUGCUUGGGUGUAACAGGUCUCCUCUUAAAAAAUAAAAACUGACUCCUUAGAGACAUCAAGAUCUAAAA